AUGCCGCCAUGUCCUCCCGAGCUCAUCCACAUCAUCGCAACCUCUGCUGCCCCGUCGACGCUCUUCGCACUCUGUCUCGUCUCGCACUCGGCGCGCUCCGAAGCCGAACGCGUCCUGUAUGCCAGCAUCGACCUGACGGAGUGUAGUCGACGUGUCCUUCGGGCCUGGUUUAGAACCAUGAAGCGGCGCAAACACCUUUACCCAGUGGUGAGGAAGCUUUCCAUCCGACUUCUGCGCGACUUGGAGACAGAUGACGGCGUCACGAUCGCAUGCAUCCUGAAACUAUGCAUCAAUCUCAAAGACCUGUCCAUUCUCCACCCCACGCGUCAUUUUCCCACUGCCGGGACAAACUCGCGCGUAGCAACCAACCAAGAAGAAGUCUGCUAUUGGUACUGGCUCAUCCUCGAGGCGCCCUUCCGGCUGGAACGAUUCCGCUGCACUGGUCUUCGAUUCCAAAUCGCGGACACAACAGACCCCGCUCCCCCGCCCCAGUCGAUCCGAGGAUUUUGGGCCGUUCAAAGCAGCCUCCGCGUACUUUCUCUCCCAGACGAGUACAAGUUCCCCAUUAGCGCGACCGACCUCACUGAAUGCCCUGCCUACCUCGCCGGCGUAGAGGUUCUUGAAACGACCGUUACUGGAUUUCUCCCGCCCUUCAUUCUGCGCCCGAUCCGUGUUCUUCAGCUGCACGUGAGCUGUUUUCACUCGUCCGACGAGAAUCACAAUGUCUUUACCUGCAUUGCACUCCACAAAGCAACUCUUGAACGACUCAACAUUAUUGCACACGGGGAGCACUCGUUGACGCACCUGACUUUUUUAACCGCCGAAGCACACCCCAAACUUCGCCAUCUAGCUAUUACCCAGCCUCCUCUGUUAACCCCUGGACAGCAUGAGGCGGAGCGAAAGCACGACCUGGUAACUUCUGGCUGGAACGGACUCGGAAGGCUUGCUCGGCUCGAGACCCUUGUACUACAGCUUCGACGGCGGGCCCACCCACCAGCGCUUUCGAUAGCUCUCCUCGACAGCGAUGCGACCUUCAAUCUGACACAAUCCAGCAGUGUGCGCCGCUUCGGCCGUGCCCUGUUGCAACACUGCCUGCCCUCGCUACAGCGCCUCGAGAUUGGCGUGGAUGUGGGGAUGCCAGUUAGCUACGUGUUUACACGCGAGGCGGGCGAGAUAUAUGAGCGGACCGUGGAUGGGUGGGAGUGGGAUGCGGAGCGCGAGUUUCUCUCGUAUUAA